AGGAGCUUCUGUUGGCAGCUGCGGGUGCUUGUAGAUUUCGGAUUCCGCGUGCUUGCGGCACCAGAGGAGGCGGCGGUAGCUGUGGUUGGGGAUCCCUGUAGCGGGAGAGACUGCGAUUGCAUUCCAAGGCGUCCACAGUCGCGGCGUGCACUGCCAGGAGAGGGGAUGGCUGACGAUCUGGGAGACGAGUGGUGGAAAUCGGAUGGGGUAGGAGCCGGCGGCGGCAGCAGCGCAGAUCCAUCAGAUAAUGAAGAAAAGGAAAAAGACACAAAUGUACUAGAAAUGAUGCAGCAGGAAUCAACCCCCAUACCUGCUUCACCCAAGAAAGACAUGCAGCCCAAAGAAUGUUUCCUGUUGCCCGCAAAAGAAAGAAAGAAGGGGCCACCAAGACCAAGAAAGACGAAAGGUACUAAAAUUUCGGAUGUUCUUGCAAAAUCAGAACCAAAGCCCGGAGUCCCAGAAGACCUGCAGAAGCUGGUUAUGGAUCAGUUGAGCAUCAAGCAUUCAGUGAUUGAAUUAGAAGAAUUGAAACUGCCAGAUUCCUGUUUCCUCCCAGCCAAUGAUCUGUCUCAUAGUCUUUCUUCAUAUCUAAAACAAAUCUGUCCCAAAUGGGCCAAACUUCGAAAGAACCACAAGGAGAAGAAGUCAUUGGUGAUGUUGAUAAUCUGUAGCUCUGCACUCCGAGCCUUGGAACUCAUUAGAUCAAUGACAGCAUUCAAAGGAGACUGCAAAGUGCUGAAGUUAUUUGCCAAACACAUAAAGAUUCAGGAGCAAGUAAAGUUGUUGGAGAAAGGUGUGGUACAUCUGGGAGUGGGAACACCUGGAAGGAUCAAAGCGCUCGUUCAUCAAGAUGUCCUUAACUUGAACUCCCUAAAGUAUCUGGUUUUUGAUUGGAACUGGAGAGAUCAGAAGCUGAGGAGACUGAUGGACAUUCCCGAGAUAAGAAAAGAAGUUCUUGAACUCCUGGAAAUGAGACUAAUAAGCCUGUGUAGAGCUGAUUCUUUGAAGCUGGGACUUUUUUAAUUUGCAAAUUCUAAUGAAGAUUCAAGUUUUGACAUAAGGAUAGAAUUUGCGUCUGUAUUUAGUGCGACCACAUACUGCCAAAUGAGUCACACACAAUGGAUGUUUGCCUUUUGGGAUGCUUUAGCAGGCCUGAAUCUUAAUGCCUUUUUUUUGCCAGCUUCCUUUUCUUUAAAAUAAAGUACAAGUUUGUGUCAUUUG